AUGGCGAUUUCGAGGAAUGCAAAUACGGCCAAAGGUCGCUUCUCGCCGCCUCUUUCGGUUCUUGUCUUCGUGCUCCUUCACGGCAAGGGACAUCAUCAAAAUUUGUUGGCGAAAGGUGGUGCCUCUCCGGCCGUGGUGGAUUGGCGGAUCCAGGGAAUCUGGUGCAGCGGCUCAGCGGAAGAGGGCAGGGGCGGCCCCGCGGGUUUCCGGUCGGAAUCGCGGCGAGGAUACCAUCCAGCGCGGAAGGCGAGGGGAAGGCGGCGGAGGCGGGGGCAGGGAGCUGUUGUACUACGGCACGCGGCUUGCCAUUAUGUUGCUUUGAAUUCUGACGGCCGUUGCUUCUCAUGGGGUCGAAAUGAGAAGGGGCAGUUGGGGCACGGGGACACUCUCUUGCGUAACCUACCAACUGUUGUUUCUAAACUAUCAAAAUACAACAUAAUCGCAGCAGGUGUUGGAAGAAAUCAUACGGUGGUCGUAACUGACGAAGGGGAGUCCUUUGCAUUUGGUGACAACAAACAUGGCCAGUUGGGGAUGGGUUCACUAAGGAGUGGUUUUACGUUGCAGGAACUAAGGUGUCAGCCAGUCCCCUCCCUUGUUACUAAAGCAACUAAUGCUAUUUGUGGUGCUAACUUUAAUGUCUGGCUGUCAUCAGUUGAGGGCUCUUCCAUACUCACAACAGGUCUUCCCCAGUACGGUCAACUUGGUCAUGGAAGCGAUAAUGAGUAUAUUGCCAAUGUAUCAUCGGUAAGGCUAGCAUAUGAUCCCCAGCCCAACCCCAGGGCAAUAGUUGCAUUAUCUGGGAAGACCGUUGUCAAAGUUGCAUGUGGAACGAAUCACACAGUUGCAGUUGAUUCAAGUGGCUUUGUUUACACCUCGGGUUUUGGUGGAUAUGGAAGGUUGGGCCACAAUGAACAGAAGGAUGAGUGGCAACCACGCCCUGUUGAAAUAUUUCAAAAGAACAAUAUCCUAUCUCCCAGUGAUAUUAUCUCAGCUGGUUCUGCAAGUUCUGCGUGCACUGCCAGUCGUGGGCAGCUGUAUAUGUGGGGAAAGUUGAACAACUGGGGUGAUGAGUGCAUGUAUCCAAAGCCAGUUAGAGAUUUAAGCGGUUGGAACAUCCGCUGCAUGGCUUCUGGCAGCAUGCACCAUAUUGUUUGUGCACAUGAUUCUUGCAUAAGUUGGGGUCUUUCUGAAUAUGGAGAGUUUGGUUAUGGCCCUACAUAG